AUCAAUGAUAUAUUUUUUGAUUUAAUGUUUUGAUACAAAAUUUACGUGAAAAUAAAAAAAUACAUUAUGUAAAAUAGUAUUAUAAUUUAAUUUUUAUAAACAAAAUUCUCUGUAAAUUUAAACGCUAAAUAAUUGUAAUGGGUGACGCAAAAAAUAAUGAUAACCCUCAGGGCGAUGAUAAAGACAAGCGAGUUAAAAUACAGGUGGAAGGGGAAUAUGAAGUCGGUGAGGGAGAAACUGGAAGAAAAAAAAUGAAAAGAUUUCAGUUACCUAAUCUACCAAGAUGGUGGCAGGCAAAAAUCAUUCAAUAUGCUUUUGCUCACCCGCAUGUCCGGGCCCGCCUCGAGAAGCAUAUGGGCUCGAAUCUCGUUCGGCUCACCGACAAAGCCUACAUGACUGAGCUGGAAGAGAGAAUUCGAGCCGUCAAUGAGGAAAACCUCAACAAGAGGAUCUCCUCCAGAGUCCUUGACGAAAUGGAAAGAUUAAAACGUCUUAUCCUCGUUGGAAAGACACCGCUAAAAGAAUGCCCACCCGAGCUCUUCCAUCACCCUGUGUUCGUAUUUUGGCGAAUGGUGAACAAGGAAGUUGCAAGAGCCGCAAAGAAAAGAGCUGACGCUUAUUACAGAAAAUUAAAGGCGUCACAAAGAUUUGAUCAGACGGUAGAUGAAGAAACCGAAGCCGAAGUCGCAGGUGAAGAAAAUGAACAGUUAACACCAGAACAAUUGCUUCACAAAUGCGCUGAAGAGUUAGAGCAACUCAAACAAGUGGAUAUCGAUAAGGGCGUUCGCUUCACUGAUGAACAGUUUGCUGUUCUCAAAUAUGAAACCAAUGACGUCAAAACACUAAAAAGUCUUACGACAGUGGAGGAGUUAUACGCUUUGGCUGAUAAAAUUAUUGGAACAAAACGUCUAUAAAAUGAUAUAUUUUAAGUGAAAAGUUGUUACUUAAUAUUUUUGUUUUACUUGUUUUUUUUUAGUCGUAUUGUUUUAAAAUACAUGUCAAUAUUGUUAAGUAAAUAGUCAUUUUGAUAGUGCUGUUAAAAAACAGCUUAUACUUCGUAAUAAAACCAUUA